AAGCAGGUGUCCACAUAUGUUUGGUCACGUAGUGUAUUUGAGAGUGGACUUUUAUUGUCACCAGCACAAGGUGCACCUGUGUAAUGACUGCUGUUAAAUUAGCUUCUUGAUAUCAGGUGGCUGGAUUUCCUUGGCAAAUGACAAAUGCUCAUCAACAGGGAUGUAAAAAAUAUAUGCACGGAAUUUGAGAAGCCUAUUGAAAAUGUGUUUUAUUUCAGCUCAUGAAACAUGGGACCAACACUUCACAUGUUGCGUUUAUAUUUAAGGAUAACAUUACAAAUUAUAUAUUCGAUCAUGUGCAGGUGAGUUCAUUUGUUUCAAAGUAGAUUGCAAAUUGUACGUCGUAUGCAAAGAUUGACAGCUUUUAAUCCAAUCAAGUAAGAGAUAUUCUGUCUCUGUUUUAAUUGAAAGUAGGUUCACCCAAUCAAAAUAAAUAUUUCCUCGAACGCUCCGCGAUAGGGGUGGGUCUCUGACAGUUUUGUUGCACUAGCGUUGUUUGUGUACGAGAGGAGUUUGAAACCGUCAGUUGGGGCCACAGAUUUGGGUCAGUGACAGGCUUUUUAUAUAUUUUUUUACAACCAUUUGCUGUCAAUGUGUAUUUGACGCUAUUGAAGAAUUUGCGACCUCACGGUGAUUUUUGUUUUGUUUUUGGAGAUGGGACAGACUUAGACUAUAAAUAGCCUAGUUAAAAAUAACUUUAUUUGAUUUUACAUUGAAUGAAUCAUGGACUUUUUAAAGUAAGGAAUAAUUUCAACACAGGUUACAUUUGAUUUGUCCUCUCUUAACCCUCCAUAUAAUUGAGCAAAUAAAACAUUGGCUAAGCCAAUCACGGACUACACUGCUAUUCUCCGGCACUGUUCGAGAAUAACAGUAGCGCUGUCGUUUGCAACAAAAACAUUGAAAAGAGGAGAAAUCAUUAUUCGGGUUUGGUCACGUUUUUGAGGUGCAAUUCAUAAACUAAGAAGAAUAGGCUAGGAGUGUGAGGUGAUUUAUUUAACCAGCGCAAGGAACCAUCUGGUGAUUGCAUCGCCAAGUUUACACUCCUGCGUGCGCGUACGUACUAUCCCUAAACUCCAGUGGAAGGGAGGAGUAGAAGGUGUAGCAGCACAGUUGCAGUGGCCCUCUGAUAAAUGUCCACCUGCGCUGAAGUUUUUAUGGGUCUUUCUCUUCAGCCAAAGCUGCUGUAUGAGGCAGAUCUUCCAGCGUGGAUCAUAGCAACUUGUCAACUCUAACAGAGCUGCCCCCCCAGGUCCACGCCCCAGCCAUCUGACAGACCCAACACACAUCUAAGCUCAGCUCAGUCCAACCCAACCCCUUUGACUCAUACCAUUGGGCCAUGGAGGAUUAUGACGUGCGCUCGGCCGCCAGUAUCCUGGCCUCGGUGAAAGAGCAGGAGGCACGCUUCGAGCGUCUGACCCGGGCCCUGGAGGAGGAGCGACGCAACGUCUCCCUGCAGCUGGAGCGUUCCAAUGUACCCCCCGACAGGUUGGGAGGGACUGGGCCUAGCACUAACCUGCCACCCAACAGCCAACCCCUGGCCUGGCAGCAGGUGGUGAUGCAGGAGCAGAGCCCCAGUAACCAGACGUCUCUGGCCAUGAUGCAGGAGCCCCAGGAGAUGGUGGAGGAGACGGUCACCAUCGAGGAGGACCCUGGCACGCCCACCUCCCAUGUGUCCGUUGUCACCUCCGACGACGGCACCACACGACGCACAGAAACCAAGGAUAUGUCAACUAACCUGAAGGUGACCAAGGUGGUCAAAACCAUCACCCGCCGCAGGUACCUGCCAGUGACCGUCACAGAGACCCUGGUGGUGCCAGGAGGUUCCAUCACCCCGCAGUCCAAACCCAGCACCCCGGUGCCCACCCCUUCUCCCACCCCCUCCCCAUCAGAGACAGACCCAGUAAAGAAAACAAAGGCACCCAAACGUCUGGUGACUAAGAUGGUGAAGACGGUGACCACGCGGACGGUUCGCCAGGUGCCCCUGGGCCCCGACGGCCUGCCCCUGCCUGAGGGCUCGUCCCCGCUGGGCAGCUACACAGACUCCAUCGACCGGCGCUACCUGAAGAAUGGCGAGCGCUACAUCACCACGCCGCAGGCCACCUCCACACUCACACGCUCCUACAACAACUACAACGACUCCUACAGCGACGCACUCCCCCCCGACGCUGGUGGGAGUCAGUACGGUGGGCGCCACUACGGCCUCCAUGACGGCUACGGCAUUGGAGACGCAACGGACAACUACGGCAGCCUAUCCCGCGGAGUCAACUUCCGGCCACCCCGCUACCCCUACGCUAUGGCUAACAGCUAUCGGCCAGAGAACAGCUACGGGACCCUACCCAUCCGGAAGGAUGACUACGGCCACGUGGCCCAGCCCCAGGUCCCCAUGGGCAGCAGCAGUGUGGACCUGAACCGGUCGCAGCCAGAACGCUUCCAGCCAGAGCCCUACGGACUGGAGGAUGACCGCCGCAGCCUGGGCCCCGAGGAGGAGGAGCCCUAUGACCUGGAGCCUGACUACUCCACUGCUAGCCGGCGCCAAGGCACGCUGCCAGGCACCAACCGCGGCAGAACCAUGAGAGAGCCACUCCGCGACGGGCCACGCAUCAGGGGUUACGAGGAUCCCAUCGAGGCGGAGAUGAUUGACGAGCGACACCCCUACAUCCAUGGCAUGUACCCGGCCCCCCUGGCCCAGCCCGAGAGGGGAAGCAUGGCCAGCCUGGACCGCCUGGCUGGCCGCCGCUCGCCCUCCAUCGACAGCAUCCGCAAGGACCCGCGUUGGCGUGACCCCGAUCUGCAAGAGGUCAUAGCCAUGCUGGGCCACCCCAUCGACCCGGUCAAGUCUAACGCCGCCGCGUAUCUGCAGCACCUGUGCUACGAAAACGACAAGAUCAAGAAAGAUGUGCGCCAGCUGAAGGGGAUCCCGGUGCUGGCAAGCCUGCUGGACCAUCCCAAGGCUGAGGUCCACCGCAAGGCCUGCGGAGCCCUGAGAAACAUCUCCUACGGCAAGGACCACGACAACAAGGUGGCCAUCAAGAACUGUGACGGUAUCCCCGCCCUUGUCCGCCUGCUGAGGAAGACCAACGACAUGGAGGUCCGCGAGCUCAUCACAGGGACCCUGUGGAACCUGUCUUCCUUUGAGCCUCUGAAGAUGGUGAUUAUAAACCACGGACUGCAGACUUUGACCAACGAGGUCAUCAUCCCCCACUCAGGCUGGGAGCAUGAGCCCAACGAGGACUCCAAACCUCGUGACGCAGAGUGGACCACCGUCUUCAAGAACACAUCAGGAUGUCUGAGGAAUGUGAGUUCGGACGGGGCCGAGGCAAGGCGCAGACUAAGGGAGUGUGAGGGGCUUGUGGAUGCUCUGCUGCACGCCUUGCAGUCAGCUGUGGGCAAGAAAGACAUGGACAACAAGUCUGUGGAGAACUGUGUGUGUAUCAUGAGGAACCUGUCUUACCACGUUCACAAAGAGAUCCCAGGGGCCGAGAAGUUCACAGACCCGUCCGUUCUGCAGGCCCCGGGCUCUGCGGGCCCUCAGAGGAAGAAGAAGGAUGACGCAGGCUGCUUUGGAGGGAAGAAGGCCAAAGAGGAAUGGUUUAAUCAAGCCAGAAAAAACGGCGAGAAUGACAAAAACUACGAUACGCUGGAUCUACCCAAGCGCACAGAACCCACAAAAGGUUUUGAGCUGCUGUACCAACCGGAAGUGGUGAGGCUGUACCUGUCUCUGCUAACUGAGAGUCAGAACUACAACACUCUGGAGGCUGCCGCAGGGGCCCUGCAGAACCUCAGCGCCGGACAGUGGACCUGGUCCAACUACAUCCGUGCCACAGUGAGGAAGGAGAAGGGUCUUCCCAUCCUGGUGGAGCUGCUGCGUUCUGACUCUGACAAGGUGGUCCGAGCCGUGGCCAUCGCCCUGCGCAACCUCUCCAUCGACCGCCGCAACAAAGACCUGAUCGGGAGCUAUGCCAUGAGGGACCUGGUGAGUAACCUGCCCAGCGGUCAGCAGCGGCCAGCCAAGAACCUGGAGGAAGACACGGUGGUGGCCAUCCUCAACACCAUCCACGAGAUCGUGACGGACAGCUCUGAGAACGCACGCUCCCUCAUCCAGGCCCAGGCCAUCGAGAAACUGGUGGCCAUCAACAAGACAAGCCAAUCACCACGUGAGGACAAGGCCGCCUCCCACGUGCUGCAGACGGUGUGGAGCUACAAGGACCUGAGGAACGCCCUGACCAAGGAAGGAUGGAACAAGAGUCACUUCCAGCCUACAGCGACCGGCGCCCCUAAAGCAGCCAAGAAUGGCAAGCCAGGCUAUGACGACACCACUCUGCCCCUGAUGGAGAAGAACCAAGGUCAGUCUGUGAUGGCAGGCGAGACUGGGGAUCCUCCGGGCCUGGCCUAUUGUGGUGAACUGAGCACCAAGAAAAAUGGAAGUGGUGAUAUGAUACCUAUGGACGAGCUUGGUCCAGAUGGCUACUCCACUAUCGACCAGAGAGACAAAGACUGCAAGUACAAGAGUAGUGGAGACGGGUCAGUGGACCUGUCAGAACGCGAGCCAUUAAAGAAUGACACAAAUAGGAAACACUAUGUCAGGAGUAACAGGCCUGCAGUCAAACUGGUGGAUGCUUGUGACGUUAAACCUCAGCCUGUUGACUCCUGGGUCUAAAUGCAUGCAUGGCUUAAAUAACGACAGCGUAACACCUAAACUAGAGGAUCUCCCAUGUCAUCACUGCCAUAACACAUGGAACUCAUUUUGAUGUUGACUCGUCAGCAGAUAGACUUUGUAAAAGAAAGAAAAAAGAAACAAUCAUCCAACAACCAAUGCUUCAUGCUUUUGAAUCAGCAAAUGAAAUGAUGUAUAAAAAAAGAAAGAAAAGAAAAUCUAAAAACGACUACUUGUCAUAUCUACAUUCCCCACUGGAUGGACAGGUGUAGGGUACCCUAACAGCAAGGACUCUGACUGGAGCAGCACUGCAUGGUGUCAGGAUGUAGGUGUAGGGUACCCUAACAGCAAGGACUCUGACUGGAGCAGCACUGCAUGGUGUCAAGAUGGAAGAGGGGAAGCAUUUAUUGUCAUAGAGAUACAAGUAUUCUAGAGCUCUAUCUCUAUGGCAAUGUACUGGUGGUGGGGGAGAGAAGGUGAUGAGAAGGUGAUGUUUGUUGGGAGGAAAGGAAGUGUGUUGGAAAGGAAAGGAGACAGUUUGCUUCUAAUAGUAUUUUUUUCUAUGUUACAAUUUAGCCUUUUGUUUAGGUUUUGUUUUUGUUGGUUUGUCUUUUGUCGAGGCACAGUAAAUAGUUUUUGUUUAAUAUAAUUUGUAUUUUUUUUAUUUUGCUGGUCUUUGUUUCUGUUUGGGUUUUCCAGAUUGAAGAAGUGUGGACUGGUGUGGUAGAUGAAGGUUGGGUUGGUUUGAAGGACUUGAUGCUUGAAGGGCACUUAAAGGAACUGUAUGUCUGCAAGUGUUGAUUGGACUUAAGGAAGUGAAAUGACGUGCAUUUGGUUGGGUUACUUAUAGCUGUUGAGCGAAACAAAAUGAAAAUAUAUUUUCAGUAUCGA